CUAGAUCGUCCUCUGCAUUCAGAAGUUGAGUAGCGUUCGUAGAAGAGACAAGUACUUAAAAUAUUCAACAUUCUCAUCAUGAGUUUUGUAGUCUCAUGCAAAUUAAAAGUUGAGACGUUAGUUUAUAAAAUGUCGUCAGAGGAGUGAGGGAGAGUUUCCAGAGUUAAUUUGUUCUGCCAGUUAAUUCCACAAUUUCUGAAUAAAAUAUUUAGUUUUGUUACCGAGCGUGCGUGUCGUGCGCAAAGUAAUUUGUGUGCAAGAAAUAAUGUGUUUGUGACGAAAAUAUACUUAUACGAAAGUGCGUUUGAUUCCAAAAAACAUGUCCAGAUAUCAAAAUAACCGAAUGACAGUGUCUGGAAAUGGAGACGACUCCGUUUCAGCCGUCCCAAUUCCCAUCGCCCGAAAAAUGAAAUUGGAUCAACAAAAACAAUUAAUUGAGAAUCGUCAAAAGCAAAAGAGAAAACAGUCCGGAAUCCCACACAUUUCCGAUGCCCGUGAAAAUCGCGACAUUCUAAACAGAGCAAGUACGAAUAGUGCGUCAUCCGUUCGCCGUCCUGCUAAAAGUCCUGGCAGUUCAGUUUCUUCACCUACUUCGGGUGACUCUGAAAUAGUCAAAAUCCAAUCCCCAGCAGCCAGCUCGGAUGGGUCACCGGAUAAGGAAAAGAAGCGGAAUUUGAACCGACUCUCUGCCACAAAUGCGGAAAUUGAAGACGGCUUAGAAGUACUGGAGCUGGAUGAUAAAUUGGACCCAAAUUCAGCCAUUGGUCCCGACAGAAAUGAAGAAAACCGUUUGGGAGAGGUUAAACCGUUGCCAACAUCUGAAUCGUUUGAUGGCUCUGCACCUGUUGUUCCGGCUUCGUUUGGGGGAAAGGGCAUCAAUAACGACGUGAAAAGUUUCCAGUCUUCUGAGAAACUUAAUUCGACAGAGGAAGACGAUUCAGCGUCUCAGAAAUUUAGCGUGAACGUGGCAGAAGUGAUGGACAAUAUUGAACAGUUUGUGCUGCAACCUGCGGCUCAAGGGUAUUUAAUAAAAUGCCGAAUUACCAGAGAUCGCAAAGGGAUGGAUCGAGGAAUGUACCCAACUUAUUAUAUGCACUUGGAGAGAGAGGAUGGGAGAAAAGUAUUUCUUCUUGCUGGUCGAAAGCGAAAGAAAAGUACAACUAGCAACUAUUUGAUUUCCACGGACGCCACUGACCUGUCCAGAGGUGGCGAUUCGUUUAUAGGUAAAGUACGAUCCAAUCUUCUAGGGACCCAAUUUUCCGUCUUUGACAAUGGUGAACCACCAAAACGGAAUGCACCGAAUUCGGACAAAACCUCGCUUCGAGAAGAAUUAGCUGCAGUAAUUUAUGAGGCAAACGUCCUUGGGUUUAAAGGACCAAGAAAAAUGACCGUCGUCGUCCCUGGGAUGCUAAAUGAAAACAAGAGAAAAGAAUUCCGUCCAGAUUCUGAUAACGACGGUAUAAUAGAACGGUGGAAAUCAAGAAAAAUUGAUGGCUUAGUCGAACUAAAGAAUAAAACACCCGUUUGGAAUGAAGAAAGCCAAUCCUACGUACUUAAUUUUCAUGGGCGUGUGACGCAAGCAUCCGUAAAAAAUUUCCAAGUCAUUCACGAAUCAGACGAGGAUUACGUCGUUAUCCAAUUUGGACGCGUGGCCGAGGACGUGUUCACCUUGGACUAUCGCUACCCCAUGUGUGCCCUCCAAGCAUUCGCCAUCGCUCUGACCAGUUUCGACAACAAGUUGGCAUGCGAAUAACCACGCACUCCAGGAACCACGAGAGUUAUUUUUCAUUUCAUUUAUGGAACUGAAACGCAAACCUCACGACGGAGCUUGGAAUGUCGGGUGGUCGUCGCGUCCUCGGUUAAUACGGGCCGGUCCAGCUCCACGACCACAACUACUGCACAAAUCAAUAUUCGAGCUCUAUAAGUUUAUCGUACCAAGUAUAUAAUGCAUACAUACAUACAGUACCUACUACAUACAUACUAUCACCUACCUAACUAGCGACAUAAAUAGAUUAGCAACAAGAAAAUUAAUGUGAGCUGCUUCUUUCUCAUGGCAGCAGCAACAGAGGACAAUCGCUGUACGUGUCUCGAUGUUGUAAUUGAAAUUUAUUUAUAGCAGAACAUAUCAGAGAAUGAAACUUUACAUUUUGUAGUCACAACUGUACUAAUUGAUUGUCCUUUUCUCACAUAGCCUUGGAUGUACCUAGAAUCAUGUAACUUUUAGACGUAUGUAUGUAUAAUCCGUUGUUAUCGUUAUUACUAUUUUAAACCCAUCCCACCAUCAUCAAGUAAAUGUCAAAAGUGAGAAGUCUUUCCAAAAAAGAGAGCAUAUUAUUAUUACUAAAACAGGUAAUAAAAGGAGAAGAGAAAGCUGAAA